AUGAGGUGGAGGAGGCGUCGGUUUACCACUCACUUUUUUUCAUCCACAACCUUCAUCUCCUUUUCGCCCACAUCAAUCAUCGCCGACCUGUGGCCAUCGGCAUACUCAUCUUCUCAUUCACCACUGCCUAGAUAUACAGGCAACGCAGCAAAUCAAGGGCGCGCCGAGCAACGCGUCACUUAUCUCAUCCAUCAACUCGAGUCGGCAGCCAAGGAGAGCGAGCGACCAAGCAGCUCACAAACAGAGAACUCUCAGGGCAUCACGCUCGACGACAGCAGACAAGAAGCGACUCGCUCGAGAUCAAAAAGCUAUCCUCACUUCCUUUUCAUUUUGAUCCCGAAAAAUCACAAUCAAUUUUUUCCACCUACCGGCAAUCGCGCGUUCAACGCCGGAAAAACGCGACGAUUUUUGCAACGAUUCCCAUUCUGGAGCAGACAUCAGGCGCGAAACGAACCACGGCGUGCGUUGGUUCCAUCAAAGAAGGGGGCGAACGAGGCCGAGUCGCCCAGGAGCUGCUCUUGCUGA